GUACAUUGGCAUGUCAAUCAACCCUGUCUACCACUCACCCCGAAGUAACGAAAAGAAGAGCCUCAUCUGGAGGUAGAAACAGAUUUACGGAAAAUCACGAGGAACGUCGUUACCAAUAUUUAUGCCACACAUUUUCAUUUUAACGUUGGAGAAACACUGGGUAAUUCGGAUUCAAGAUAACGUUUGGGUUGUUCCUGCCGCUCCUUGUCUAUAGGGGCUUGGAAUUAAGCCGGGUUCGGAUUGUCUGCUGCAACUGAACUGUCUGCCUGGACUCAGCAAUAAGAAGUCAGCUGUUAGUUAUAGCUACCGGCAUUUAGCUUAAGGGACGUUAUUGGUAGAUUUUAGCCGCCAUUACUUUAUUCGUAUAAUACGAAGGCGAAAUACUUCGGAUAUUUAAUUAGAUGUUUCUUCUUUCCUCGAAACCAACUGGCUAGUACUGUAGUUAGCUAAUCUAGCUAGCUAACGUAACAAGUCCCAGUGCCCACCCAUUAAUUAUAUGCUAACGUUUGCUGGCUGGUGGUGUACUAUACAUCGCCUGUUCGCUGAUCAGCUAAGUUUUUGAUCGGGCAUUGAUUGGAUAUACCACUAGCUGGCGGGGUUUGGUCGCUACCCUGGCAAAGAAACGAGCGAAAAAGAGGAGGCGAAAUAAAGAACAGUGAGGACAGCGAGGGAACAAACUAUAGUAACCUUACUGUAGCUAACUAACAACGUUCGUUAUCAUUUGUGGCAUCCAUUUAUUAGCCAUCGAGCUCAUUUGUCAGCUUGGUAUAGCAGCAGCUAGCUAUCUAGUUACCCAACUUGACAGCUCAGAUAUCAUAAACUAACGUUAACGUCACUGGGGUUAUAUUGCUUUCUUUACACAACAAGACCGGCCUUCCAUCGACAGUGUCACUACGUUACUUGCUUGGACAUUUUUGUUAGCUAGCUAAGCAAAUUUGCAACCGCUAACUGUUUAUCAGUGUCAGCAAGCUAACCCAGUUUUGUGAAGCUGUUGUAAGUGUCAGCUAUCUCCCCCCAGUAGGAGCUGUAGCGUGCAACACAUGGACGGAUAUUGAAUUCAUUUUUUUUUUUUUGUACGAAAAACAGUAUACCUGAACAUCCUUUCUAGUUAGAUAGCACCAUCGAAAAACAGUCAUGAGUAUCGAGAUACCGGUGGGAUUGACGGAAUUGCUGCAAGGCUACACUGUGGAGGUGCUUCGACAAAGGCCAACAGACCUGGUGGAAUUCGCCGUGCAAUAUUUCACGCGCUUGCGGGACACCAGAAGCCAAGAUGGGGGCGGUGCUGCUGUCAAGCUCGGGAAGGGAGUGGUGUUCGAUGGGGAGCCGAUGCAAACAGAGUCAAAUGGCGACGAUGAAGACGGGUCCGACGAGUCUGAUUUCGAGCCCCCUCCUCCCAGCAGAUAUAACCGGAGAGUGUCAGUGUGCGCGGAGGCCUUUAACCCAGACGACGAUGACGAGGUGGAGGAGCCGAGGGUGGUGCAUCCUAAAACAGACGAGCAGCGCUGUCGACUGCAGGACGCCUGCAAAGAUAUUCUACUGUUCAAGACCCUGGAACAGGAACAGUUCUCAGAGGUCCUGGACGCCAUGUUUGAACUGCGCGUCCAGCCCCAGGAGCAUGUCAUCGACCAGGGAGACGAUGGAGACAACUUCUAUGUGAUUGAGAGAGGAAUCUAUGACAUAGUGGUACUGAUUGAUGGCGUAGGAAAGUGUGUGGGCCAGUAUGACAACAAGGGCAGCUUCGGGGAGUUGGCACUGAUGUACAACACCCCCCGUGCUGCCACCAUCAUUGCCACCCAGGAGGGGGCGCUCUGGGGCCUGGACCGGGCCACGUUCCGUAGGCUCAUUGUGAAGAACAACGCCAAAAAGAGGAGGCUGUAUGAGCAAUUUGUCGAGUCUGUGCCCCUACUGAAGUCUCUGGAGUUAUCUGAGAGGAUGAAGAUUGUGGAUGUAUUAGGAAUGAAGACAUUUUCUGAUGAAGAACGCAUCAUCAUGCAGGGGGACAGGGCAGAUUGUUUCUACAUUGUGGAGUCCGGAGACGUGAAGAUAAUGAUGAAGAGCAAAACGAAGGUGAACCAGGAGGAUAAUGCGGAGGUGGAGAUCACCCGCUGUAGCAGGGGUCAGUACUUUGGGGAGCUGGCACUGGUCACCAACAAGCCCCGCGCUGCAUCAGCGUAUGCUGUGGGAGAGGUCAAGUGCUUGGUAAUAGACAUUCAGGCGUUUGAGCGUCUGCUGGGUUCCUGUAAGGAGAUCAUGAAGAGGAACAUCACCCACUACGAGGAGCAGCUGGUUGCUCUGUUUGGCUCCAGCAUGGACCUGAAAUGACCACCCUUCUCCGUGCCUUACACACACGCGCACAUUUACAUUGAUGAACAGAUACAUAGACAUUGAGACACGAGCACUUACAGAAGUACACCCUGACACACAUUUUCUAGCUUAACACACUCCUUUGUAAGCUCGCGCAUAGGUACACACACUUUCUACUCACCCAUAAAUAUCACACACGCAGACAUUCUUAGUUGCUUGAACCUGCUCCAGCCAAUUUAAAAAGCAACAUCCCUGCUGUUACCACUCUAACGCCGCCACAGCUCAGCAAGGACACACACACAGGCUUGCCCUUCUCUCUCUCUCUCUCUCUCUCUCUCUCUCUCUCUCUCUCUCUCUCUCUCUCUCUCUCUCUCACACUCACACUCACACUCACACUCACACUCACACUCACACUCACACUCACACUCACACUCACACUCACACUCACACUCACACUCACACACACACACACACAGGCUUGCCCUUUUCUUUCUCUCACACAUGCAUACAUACAUACAGGCGUGCCCUUUUCUCUCUCUCUCACACACACACACAAAAACCUCAGCCAAGGACACAUGCACACACAGACACCUGGUGAAAAAGAAGAAACAAAUUAAAAAGUUUAAAAUGCCCACAAAAAAAUAAAGGUUUAAAGAGAAGUUUUAGAAACAUUUUAUGAAGAUGAACAGAAGCUUUGAUAAAAUAUUAUUUCAAUAAAAAGUGUUUCCUCUUUGGGGUUGAGUCCUUUCUGAAAGCUCUCCUACUGUUGUUGAUUCAGUGCCGGUGAUUACCACAGAAUACCCUAUGUUUCAGGGCUAUUGUUGUUAUCAUUAACUCCACACAUGUAUUGUUAUAUAUUCAUUUUGUUUUACUUUGACCUAUUCAGCUAAAGUACCAUCUCUGACAAUGUAAAACAAAAAUAUAGUGCUUAUUUUUCCUUGGCCAUUCUGAAUGAGUUGUCCUGGAUAAGAAUAAAGCAAACAUUUUGUUAAACUG